AUGGACCCCGCAGUUGCCGAACAAGACAAGGAGAAGCAGCUUCACCAAGAUUCUCCUCCCCCAGGACCUGAAUUCGAAAAGGGCCAUGUCGCACCAGAAGGGCCCCAAAACCCUGGGCAAGAUCCGGAUACCACUCUCGCAAUCCUCGAGCUCGUUCAGGCCAAAGAUGUUCAUCACCCAAUGCAUUGGCCAGCAUGGAAACGAUGGGGAAUCAUCAUCCUUUAUUGUUCCUUGCAGAUGUUCGUUACCAUCACAAGUACUUCAUAUAUCGGCGCCGAAUACGAUAUCAACUUGAAGUGGGGAGGUAGCACACAAGUCAUUACUCUUGGACAAAGUUUAUUCAUCGUUGGAAAUGCUGUUGGACCGGCAUUUAUGGGACCACUCUCAGAUAUCGGUGGUCGAAAAUGGGUUUACGUUGCUAGCAUCACCUGCUACGCCAUCCUAAACUUCGGAACAGCCUACGCCAGAAAUCUGCCCAUGCUAAUCAUCUUCAUGUUCCUCGCCGGCACCGCCGGUUCAACAGCGCUCUCUAACGUAGCCGGCACCAUCGCAGAUCUCUUCGGCGACAUCGACGGUGCCGGUCAAGCCAUGGCCCUUUUCGUCGUAUCCGCCAACGUAGGUCCAUCCAUCGGAUCCCCAAUCGGUGGAUGGAUAACCGCCAACGAGUCCUUGGGCCUAAAAUGGAUAUUCCUCAUCAAUGUAAUCAUCGGCUUUGGAUAUGCUGUUAUCAUGUGUUUCAUGCCCGAAACUCUGCCCAGACUCGUGAUUGCGCGAGCAGCCGCAAAAGCUCAGGAAGUUGACUCGGAUGAAGAGGCUAUCUUGAGAAGUAAGGUGAACGUGUGGAAGGAGUUGAGAUUCGUUACUACGAUGACCUUCCGCAUUAUGUUCACCGAGCCUAUUGUGCUGGCUUUGGGUAUCUAUAACGGAUUUGCAUACGGGAUUCUGUUUUUGUACCUCGAUGGUGUUUAUGAUGUUUUUGCCAUUAACAAUGGUCUCUCCAUCAUCUCAGCAGACCUAACUUACCUAAACUUCGUUGUCGGUGUCUUAGUCAUGUUCUGCUUCAUCCCCGUACAAACCUAUUUCUUCACCCGAGACCGCGUCAAGCACGGACACCCCCGUCCUGAAGCCCGCUUCCUCGUCUCCCUCGUAACAGUCUGGCUCUUCCCCAUCACCCUCCUCUGGUUCGCCUUCACCAGUUCCGGCAACGUAUCCUACUGGUCCCCCAUUGUAGCAGGCGGCGUCCUCGGCUUUGCCGACCCUUUGCUCUGGCUCUCCAUGCUGAACUACAUAACCGAUUCCUACCCGAACGUCGCCGCCUCUGCUAUCGCCGCGUUCCUGAUCCCGAGUUUCGUGAUGGCGGCCGCGCUGGCCCAUCUAGGUGUCCUGAUGUUUGAGAAUAUGAGUACCAAGUGGGCGAUGGCGACGAUUGGGUUUAUUAGUUUUGGGCUGUGUGCGUUGAUUUAUUUUAUUUUCUUCUUUGGGGAGAAGAUUAGGAGGAAGAGUCGGUUGGCUAGGAGGUUUUAG